AUAGGGCUUGUAAUCGACAAUGUGAUCUAUGACUGCUCACAAUUCGUCAAGGAGCAUCCAGGGGGGGAGGCAGUGAUCAGGCGCUAUGCUGCGAAAGACUGUUCACUGCAGUUUUGGAAAUUUCAUAGAGAAUGUCACCUUGUGAAAUACGGCCCAGUCCUUCAAGUGGGACAGGUAGUAGUCAAAGUGGACAAAGCCGAUCCUCCUCCAAAUCUGCCUCCGAUAAUUUAUAGUAAUUCAACCUUUGAGUACGACGAUGACUGGUAG